AUGCGCUUGGCAGUGUCGCCUCCAGCAGCCACCGGAGACAGGAGAACAGGUGGCGCACAAACAGGUGUUGCAGAGAGAGAGACAGAGGCGGAGUCAACACGGUCAUCAUAUUCAUCCAUCACCACGACACAGGUGAGCGUGACGAGAGGCUCCCGUCUUCCACUCGGGUGCGUGGGCGUGUGGGCGGCACUGAGGGCCACGAUGGACGACUGGCACUGCUGGACGGUGCACAACAAGCGCUGGAUCUUCUGGCUCUGCAUCAGGAUCCCCGUCGCCAUCUCCAACCUCAUCAACUUCUUCUUCUUCCUCAACGUCGUCAGAGUCCUCGUCCUGAAGCUCAAGUCGUCCAUUUCGGCGGAGUCCAUGAAGUACAGGAAACUCGGCAAGUCCACACUGGUGUUGGUUCCUCUCUUCGGCGUCCACUACUUCGUGCUGUGGGGCCUCUCCACUUCCACCAACCCGUAUGUGGAGUUGGCCUGGCUCUUCCUCGACCAGGUCUUCGCUUCCUUCCAGGGCUUCUUCGUGGCCGUGCUCUACUGCCUCAUGAACGGCGAAGUGAGGCAAGAGCUGAGGAAGCUGUACAACCGGUGGUACAAGGGGGACCCCCUCGUCAUCACCUCCCAGUCCACGCUCGUCUCCCACACCAAGACUUAUGCCAGGUAG